GUAGCACGCGACGUUGUGAGAACACAUCUCCCGAUCUAACGAUCUAGCGAUCCAGGGCAUCUCCUACUAUAGUAGUUCCCUACUCUAAAGACAGUUCCUAAUUGACCACCAACGGUGAUUGCCACCGCCAUGUGUUGUCGGCCGGCCGCAGCAACAUACCAAUGAACGUUCGAGACCCCUUCAACCUCCGAAACGGCAGCUUGAAUCGGCCCCCAAUCGCGACCUGGAAAAGCAACAGGAGCUACCAGGCCCAGAAUAACAACAACAACUUCUCCCCCCUGCACCAAAUCAUCCGCACCGCCGCAACAGCAACCCAAUCCGCCGCCGCCGAACUCCGCGACAAGGCCAGCGAAGCCGUCCAGUCCGCCCAGCACGCCCUCACCGAGACCGCAUCAUCCGGCAACCCGCUCGACAUCGACCUCGAGAAAGCGGGCCCCAAGCCCAACAAGUCCAACAAGCACGAACACCACCACCAACACAAACCCACCCCCGCCGCCAACGGCCCGGCCCCUCCCCGGUCCACACCCAACAACAACACCAGCGCCCCGGCGGCCACCGCCGCCACAGCCAGGGGAGCACAACCCGACGAGGACAUGUCGUUCGCCGUGCCGAAGAAUGUCCCCUCCUUCACGAACCCGCAACGCCAGCUCGAAGACCACGUCUGGGGCGCCGCCGCCUCAUCCGCCUCCUCCCGCCAGCGCUCCACCGGUGCCGCCGGUGCUGCCGCCUCCCUCGUAGGCGGCGUCCAGGACCUGCUCGGCGGCGGGAACGGCCGCGGCGCCGCGCUGCCCAUGUAUAAGGAUAAGCCGUACAUGUAUCCGCCCGGUGCCCAUGGGGCUGGGUGGCGGCGGCCGCUGUAUAGGCGGAAGCGGAGCUGUGGGCUGUUGGUGGUGGUGCUGGUGGGGUUGGUGUGGUGGACGGGGAUGUUUGCGGGGCAGAAGCAGCGUGCGGUGGGGAAGUUGGGGCAGUGGGGGUGGUUGGGGGAUGAGGUUGGGGGGAAGGGGACGGUGGAUUGGGGGGAGAGGAGGGAGAGGGUGGUGGAGGCGAUGGAGCUGAGCUGGGAUGCUUAUGAGCGGUAUGCGUGGGGUAAGGAUGAAUUUCACCCCGAGACCAAGACGGGGAGGUACAUGGCGCCUAAGGGGCUGGGCUGGAUCAUCAUUGACUCGCUCGAUACGCUGAUGAUCAUGAACUUGACCAGCCGGCUGACGCACGCCCGCGAGUGGCUGGCGACGUCGCUGACCUGGGAUCAAGACCAGGAUGUGAAUACGUUCGAGACGACCAUCCGCAUGUUGGGAGGGUUGCUGUCGGCACAUUACCUGUCGACCGAGUACCCCGACCUGGCGCCCAUUCCGGACGAUGACCCCGGGAAGCCGGGAGAGGACCUGUACCUGGAGAAGGCGAAGGAUUUGGCGGACCGGCUCGUGGCAGCGUUCGACUCACCUUCCGGGGUACCGUACGCCAGUGUUAACUUGGCCAAGUACAAGGGGAUAGUCUCGCACGCCGAUAUGGGCGCGUCAUCGACCGCUGAGACAACAACAUUGCAGUUGGAAUUGAAGUACCUCGCCAAGCUGACUGGCGAGAAGGAUUACUGGGACAAGGCUGAGCAGGUCAUGAAGUUGGUGGACGACAACGGCGCCAAGGAUGGCCUGGUGCCCAUUUUCAUCUACGCUACGACGGGCAAGUUCCAGGGCGCGAACAUCCGGCUCGGCAGCCGCGGCGACUCUUACUAUGAGUACCUGAUCAAGCAGUACCUGCAGACCAAUAAGAAGGAGCCCGUCUACCAGGAGAUGUGGCGGGAGGCGAUGCAGGGCGUCAGAAAACACCUCAUCACGUACACGGAACCAUCCCAGUUCACCAUCAUCGGCGAACGGCCCAGCGGUCUGGACGGCGCACUCUCGCCUAAGAUGGACCACCUCGUCUGCUUCAUGCCCGGUACCAUCGCGCUGGGAGCGACAGGCGGCCUCACCGAGAAGGAAGCCAGAAAACUCCCCACUUGGACCGAGCAAGACGAGGCCGACAUGCAGCUCGCGCGCGAGCUGAUGCACACGUGCUGGGGCAUGUACAAGUACAUGGCGACGGGGCUCGCGGCCGAGAUCACCUACUUCAACAUCGGCAACCCGCCACUCCCGGAGUCGGCCGCGCACAAGGCGCCCGAGGAGUUCGACCCGGACCCGGAGGCGGCCUGGCGCAAGGACUUUGACGUGCGCCCCUUCGACAGCCACAACCUGCAGCGACCCGAGACGGUGGAGAGCCUGCUGUACAUGUGGCGCAUCACGGGCGACGUCCGGUACCGCGAGUGGGGCUGGGAGAUGUUCAAAAGCUUCGCCAACUACACGGCCGUCGCCGACAAUGGCGGCUUCACGAGCUUGUCGAACGCUAACAAGAUCCCGCCCGUCACGCGCAACAACAUGGAGAGCUUCUGGCUGGCCGAGACGCUCAAAGCCCACCAGCUCGUUCGCUCUUCUGCUUCGUAUUCUGGGGGUUUCGAUAGGUACCGACAUACCUACAGAGAAAUUCCACAAAGCAAGCGGCUUGAAGGAAAGCGCCACACCCGGCCAGGCACCGUUGCGACCCGCACUGAACCUGGCAACCCCACACUGGGGCCCUCAAGGCCAAGCCUUUUGCUGACCCUGAUUUCUUCCCACUCACCGAGUCACCCACUUCCUUCGCUGAACUCGCCGGUCGCCGAGUGGCCCAUCGGCAGCCAAUUGAGCCAAUCGCGCCCCAGCGCAAUGCCCUCCGCUCGCGAUCUCGAGAUGGCCGACUUGCGCCCCAAAGAGGACUCCUUCGCCCAGGGCAGCGUGCUGAGUAUGCAGAACGCAUCCUCCUACUCCCGCAACAGCAGCAGCAACCCCGAACAGGACGGCCACCCCAUCCGCCGCUGGCUGGACACCUUCCGCCGCGAUCCCGGCCGUCAUGUCACCCCGGCCUCCGUCAUGCACACUGCUGAGGACCGCCGCCGCGCCUCCAUGGCCACCCGCCCGUCCGACGAGACCCGCCCCUCGCUGGAGCGGCGAGGGCGCUCCCGCAGUCACUACUUCGAUAUGCAUGCCGCCAACGUCGGCACGGCAAAUACGCUGCUGUCGCGCGAGCUCAAGGGGAGGCAUCUACAAAUGAUUGCUAUUGGGGGGUCUAUCGGCACCGGUUUAUUCGUGGCAUCCGGAAAGGCACUCCACACGGGCGGCCCAGCUGCUGUUCUGAUCGCUUACCUCUUCGUGGGCUGCAUGCUGUAUUGCACCGUCCAAGCCCUGGGCGAACUCGCCGUUACCUUUCCCGUAGCGGGUUCAUUUUCGGCCUACUCGACCAGGUUCCUCGACCCAGCAUGGGGGUUUGCGAUGGGCUGGAAUUAUGCCAUGCAAUGGCUGGUCGUAUUGCCUCUCGAGAUCAUUGCCGCCUCCAUCACCGUAGGCUACUGGAAUAGCAACCUCGACCGCUCCAUAUUCAUCACCAUCUUCCUCUUCGCCAUCGUUAUCAUCAACUUGUUCGGCGUCAAAGGCUACGGUGAAGCCGAGUUUGUUUUUGCUAUCAUCAAGAUCACCGCCGUCAUCGGCUUCAUCCUCCUCGGCAUCGUGAUCAACAUCGGCGGCUUCCCCGACGACGGGUACAUCGGAGGGCGGUACUGGCAGGUACCAGGCGCGUUCAACAACGGCUUCAAGGGGCUGUGCGCCGUGUUCGUGACGGCGGCCUUCGCCUUCACAGGGACAGAGCUAGUCGGGCUCGCAGCCGCCGAAACAGCCAACCCGCGGCGGUCGCUGCCCACGGCCAUCAAGCAGGUCUUCUGGCGCAUCACGCUCUUCUACAUCGUCUCCCUCACCCUCAUCGGCCUGCUAGUACCGCACAACCACCCACGCCUACUAGGCGCCAAAUCCGCGGCCGACGCCUCAGCCUCCCCCUUCGUCAUCGCCAUCGAGUCCGCCGGCAUCGCCAUCCUCCCCGGCGUCAUGAACAGCGUGAUCCUCGUCGCCGUCAUCUCGGUCGGCAACAGCGCCGUCUUCGGCUCCUCGCGCACGCUCGCCGCGCUCGCCGACCAGCGCCAGGCGCCCGCCAUCCUCGGCUACGUCGACCGGCGCGGCCGCCCCCUCGUCGCCAUCCUCGUCGCCUCGGCCCUCGGCCUGCUCGGCUACCUGGCCGACCUGGACGCCCAGUCCGACGUGCUCAACUGGCUGCUCGCCGUGUCCGGCCUCUCCUCGGUAUUCACCUGGGGCUCCAUCUGCCUCGCCCACAUCCGCUUCCGCCGCGCCUGGCGCGCCAAGGGCCGCGACAAGCGCCACCUGGCCUUCCGCUCCCAGGUCGGCGUCGCCGGCUCCUGGAUCGGCCUCGCGCUCAACGUGCUCGUCCUGCUCGCGCAGUUCUGGACCGCCGCCUGGCCCAUCCCCCACCCGGCGCCGUCGUCCUCUGGCAAGGCCACCACGCUAGGCGGGGGCAGCGGGGGUGACGGGGACGGGGACGGGUCGAUGAUGGGCGCGGCGGGCGGCGUGGCCGAGGGGAAUGGGGGCGCGGCCGUGGUGCCGAUCGCGGCCGGGCGGGACGUGGCGCAGAAUUUCUUCCUACAGUACCUGUGCGCGCCGAUCGUGCUGGCGUUUUACGUGAGCUAUAAGCUGUGGUUCCGCACGCGGGUGGUGAGGGUGGCGGAUAUGGACGUGGAUACGGGCCGGCGGGAUUUCAACUUGCCGAUUCUGAUCUCGCGCGAGGUGGACGAGAAGAGGGGCAUGCCGAGGUGGAAGCGGCUGUAUAAGUUUCUGUGUUAAUGGCUACCCACCUACCUAUUCUCUUGUUUGUUGGUUGGUUUUUGAAAGAGGGUGUGGAGAGGGGUGGCGGUUUGGGUGGAUAUAUGUCUGUGUGUGAGGUUACGGUUGGAGACUACGCACUCACUCGAACCUCUGGCGUUGGUUUUUGUUUUGGUUAUUAUACCCAGGGGCUGCGGCGAUGUAAAGAACGCCGGCUGGACAAUUUAGAAUUCCAUUUUCGGCAUUGGCGACUUGACCAUGGUAUAGUGUAUGUAGAACGUGUUUCCAGUGCGGGGCACCGAAUAAGCGGUGCGAGCACACAACUCGAAAAGACUUAUUGCCUGGC